AUGAUUGCCCAUUCUUUCUGCACACACUCAGGUGGCGGACUUUGGGUGUGCGAAGCUGAUCAAGCAGACCAUCAAGGUGGAGGACCCAGUGACGGGGGAGCACUAAGGGUCCCUCCCUUCCUCCGCCUCCGUUCCCCUCUACGCAUGCUCACAGGUGGCGGACUUUGGGUGUGCGAAGCUGAUCAAACAGACGAUCAAGGUGGAGGACCCAGUGACAAGGGAACAAGGGAAGACGCUCUUUCCUUACUUCCAUUUGCCCUUCCCCCGUGCCAACACACACAGGUGGCGGAUUUUGGGUGUGCGAAGCUGAUCAAGCAGACGAUCAAAGUGGAGGACCCAGUGACAGGGGAGCACUAA